UUGGGCUGGGCCGGGUUGGGCCCAAUUGUUACUGAGAUUGGAUCCACAGCCCAAUUUGAGCGUCUCUAAUAAAAGGUGAAGCACCCUCUUCAAGAACCCUAAUUUCACCGCACUCUCCGUGUUAGGGUUUCUGAAGCCACCAACCAGUAGGAGAGGGAAAUGGCUCCCAAACAACCUAGUACGGGUUUGUUUGUUGGAUUAAACAAGGGUCACGUUGUUACCAAGAAGGAGUUGCCUCCACGCCCCUCAGAUCGUAAGGGGAAAACUAGUAAGAGGGUGCACUUUGUGAGGAGCCUUAUAAGAGAAGUUGCUGGGUUUGCACCAUAUGAAAAGCGUAUAACUGAGUUACUUAAGGUUGGAAAAGAUAAGAGAGCACUCAAGGUUGCAAAGAGAAAGCUUGGCACUCAUAAACGUGCCAAGAAGAAGAGAGAGGAGAUGUCCAAUGUUCUCCGGAAGAUGAGGGCUGGUGGAGCUGGAGACAAGAAGAAAUAAGUCUCUUAUUUAGUCUUUUCUGGUUUCACUAUAUGGAUCCAUGUUUUGAUGUAAGAGCGGCCUUAUUUUUGUUUUGGUUCGAUUUGUUUAGUUCAAGAUCUUGCUUUGAGAAAUAUGUUUUGCUUAAUCAAGACUUUAUUUAUGAUAGAAAGUACAAUUGGCUUAUUCUGUUUCACUAGAAAUGUAAGCUAUAAUCUUUAUUUCAAGUGAACUUUGCUCCCUUGGUCAGUCGCCUGAUGUUUAUGGUAAUCAUUCUUUAAUCAUUUUUUUUAA